AUGUUCCAGUCACGCGUCAACAACAACUUGCCCUCGGUCGCUGCUCCUCAACAUCAGCACCAGCAGCAAGGUCAACACCAGCAGCAAGGUCAGCACCAGCAGCAAGGUCAACACCAGCAGCAAGGUCAGCACCAGCAGCAAGGUCAGCAGUCAGAUUCGCUAGAAAGCCAACUGCAACACCUUCAUCAGCAGCAAGCACAACAGGAAGCUAUGCGCAUCUUACAACAGCAGCACCUGUUGCCCAGCAUCGUUGCUCCCAAGCAGGACCAUCUUGGCCUUCUUCAGGACCCACCUUCGGGCCCUUGGUCAAGCCAAGAUUAUGACUCGAUGAUGUGCACCCUCAUGAAUGCCACCUUGCCGUCAGACCACUUCACCGACUCCUUCUCUGCUUCUUAUGCUGGCUCUUUGGUAUCCGGCUCCAGCGACAGCGGUGCAAGUCCCAACAGCAUCAAUGACCUCGUCUACGGCUCUGCCAACUUCCCAACUCCAGCCGAGUCCGACAUGUGCUCUUCUGCUCGCAACCUCUCCUUUUCGCUAGCUUCUCACCACCGCAACGCUUUCAGUCCCGAUGCAAGUCUCGAUCUAUCCAACGCAUCCUACCCUCAGUCCUACUCUGGCUCUGACACCAUGUCACCCUUCGCACACAACUUCAACAUUCAUUCCUCAUCCUCAUCCUCCACCUCGCCCUUUGGCCUGCACACCGUACAGCUUCCUCCAGCUUCCCUUCCUGCCAACAGCGCCUCAUCAUCCGCACCGAGCCAAGUCGGCGACCACUCCAACGCUGCUCAGCAACAGUGGAAUCCCAACUUCCUUGCGCCUAACGCUACCGGCCUUCAGCCAUCGCUUGCACCACAGCUAUCACUUGCAUCACAGCCAUCACUUGCAUCACAGCCAUCGCUUGCACCACAGCCAUCACUUGCAUCACAGCCAUCGCUUGCACCACAGCCAUCGCUUGCACCACAGCCAUCACUUGCAUCACAGCCAUCGCUUGCACCACAGCCAUCGCUUGCACCACAGCCAUCGCUUGCACCACAGCCAGACUCUGCCGACCUUUCUUCAACAUCGGUGCCAUCGAGCUCCAGUCAAGUGAACGGCACUAGCAAAAAGAGACGCGCUGGUGGAGAUGCUGCUGAUAACCAAGCUGCUUCCAGCAAAGCAGCUCCCAACCUCAACGCCAAGAAGGCUGCGCCAACCACUGCACCAAAGGCGCAAGCUACUGAUCCUGCUCGAAAGACCAAGAAGGCCAAAGCGACGCUCGUCCCUUCCGAGCUCAAACCAGCAGCUCCUCUGAGCCAGCUCAGCAGCAAGCUUCCUCACAUGGAAGUCGGCAGUAACGCUACUGCACUCGCCGCUAUCGAAAGGCUCAAAGCUAAGCGACUUCAGCAAAGCCAAGCUGCCGCUGCUGCAUCUCAAGACCCCUCGCAGGCUGCUGGCCCUGGACCGACAGCCGACAAGCCACAGCUUGAUCCUGCCACUCGACAGCAGAAGAAGGUGGCUCACAAUGCUAUCGAGAGGAGGUACCGUAACAACAUCAAUGACAGGAUCGCAGCUCUUCGUCGUGCUGUGCCCGCCCUUGGCGAGAUUCGACCGCGCAAGACACCUUCCGGCCGCAGAAGUCGCAAAGCCCAGCAGGAAGAGGAUCUCGUUGAUGGUGUCCCUGCCGCAACCAAGCUCAACAAAGCCACGAUUCUUGGCAAAGCUACCGACUACAUCAAGUAUCUCAAGUCCAGAGAGCUUCGAUUGGCAAGCGAGGUCGCUGGUCUUCGUGAGUUGGUCCGCAGUCUUGAGGGUGGUGAGGAGCUGCUUGAGCUCUGGGAGGCUGAGAUGGACAAGGUCGUCGCUGAGCAAGAGGCUUUUGCUGCUGCAGCUGCAGCUAAGGAAGAGCAAGAGGCUGAAGAGGCCUCGGGCAAUGCUCAAGGUGAAGACGACGAUGAUCAAGACGACGAUGAUCAAGAUGACGAUGAUCAAGAUGACGAUGCUCAAGAGGAUGAGGACGAAGCAGACGCCGGUGAGAGCUCUUACAACAGUGCAUCUUCUUCAUCGCCACCAUCAGCUACAAGUUGUACUCGUUCCAAGGCCCGUCGUGGCCGUCGUUCUGGCAUGGGUGGUGCGCUUUCCUCUAUUGCUUCUUCUCGAUACAUGCUGGCUACCUUGUUGGGUAUCAGCUUGAUUGGGUCUGCUACCGAGUUCGCACUCGAUGCCACUGCAUCGGACGGUACUGUGGCCGUUGGUCGCCCGGCUGCUGGUAAGCUUAUGGUCGAUGCAAGCCGUCAGCUGCUCAAACGUUCAGCCACCUACAUGGCACCCACUACCUCGAUCGCUCAGGAGUCGCAUGCCUUUGAUGCUGUCCCUACGCAUGCACUCGCAUUUGAGGUGCUGCGUAUUGUUUCGUUUGCUUUCUGCUUCCUCUUGCUCGUCUGGCCACUCUUCUCUCGUCUCUUUGCCGCAAAGUCUCGCUGCACUCGUUCGCUCGAGGCUGUUGACGAGUCCGACGCUGAACUGGAGGCUGGAUCGGUCGGUGAGAGUCGAAAGCUGCGCCUGGCUCUGACCAAGGGCGACAUGGAUGUGGCUACCUUUGACACUGCCUUGCGCUCUCACAUCGAUGCGCCUGUCUCUGCCAUUCUUGCAGCUCCCUCGGUCAUUGUAGCAUGCUCGCGUCUUGCUCUCAGCCGAGUCUCGCGCAUCCACAAGCUUGUCGCAUAUCAGAGACUGGACAAUGAAGAAGCUGCAGCUCUCGGUCGUUUGCUUGAAGUCGAGACGCUCUGCGAAGCCAAAGCACAGUCCUCAGCAAUGCUUCGACUUUCGACGGCACUGCGUCUUGCAAACAGCGAGUAUGUCGGCGGCAAGCUGCCAAUCACCUCGAUCAGGGACCCUAUCUUGGCGACACCUAGACUCAAGGCAACCCUGGCGCUGUCGUUGGCUCGUCUGGGUGAAGGUGUUGACUCUGUUCAAGAUCUUUCUGAUCAGCUUUGGACUGAAGCAAGAACAUCGCUUCGCCUUUCCAUCUCGAGCAACGCCAACAGCACCGGCCACAUUGCACCUUCGGCGUCGGAGAAGGACCAGGACUUGACCGAAACCGAGGACGCUUCCUGGCUCUCCUCUGUGCUGUCGCUCGACCUUGACACUGCUCUUGAAUUGCUCGCCCUUGCAUCGAGCACCGUCGAUCCUCGCGAUUGCGACUUUUCUGCGGUACUUGCUAUCGCAGACGUUCACUAUUGUUCUCGUCUCACCAGUGUUUGGGAGAAACUGCUAGCAAGUCUCGUACGUGCCUCAUGUCCCUCUGUCUCGGAGUCACAAACUUCAUCGCUAGUGCGAUGCUUUGCCACCCUUCAAUGCAAGCAGAGGCUCGAUCUUGACGUAGUUGGAGAUGCCGUUCAACGAAAGGUCUUGCACACAGAAAUCACUUCUCUCGCCAGAACAGCGCCUCGCACAUCACGAGCAUGGCAAAUGGCCCAAGUAACACUCGCUACUUGGUCUGCUAUUCUCGGUAAGCUUGCACUCGCUCGUCACGUCACCUCUAUCCUCGGCGAACAUCUCUCUACUCUUGAGAAGACGCGUGGUUUGGCUUGUGUUUCCGCACUUGAUUCCUUUGUUAACACCACCUCUCAAUGCGUAGCGGUGACUGUAACGAAAGAGGAUCUGGACGCAAAAGCAACACUAUUCAUCUCCUGGCUUUCUUUCUUACGUACUUUCGCCCACCCACCUACCACCGUCAAAGAUCUACAUAACGCUACACUUCGCAUUAGGAAACUUGUUGCUGCUGCUACUACUUGUAUCCACACCACUUCCUCUGCGCUUCAAGAGCAAGAGCAAGAGCAUCUGCAAAGUAGUCUCGACCUUAUUACCGAUCUUUGCACUGCUUUGGCUAGCAAGAUCAACCAUCUUCCUUCCCUUACCACUUCUGUCUCUGGGAAGGGGGGGGUGGGCAAGUUGUUGAUUGAUGCUGCGAGCGAUGAUGAGUGUGAUUCGGGGGUUGAAGUAUAG